GGCAGCUGGAUAUGCAGCCAGGGGAAAUAAAGUUCCAGGAUCAGAGCCUGAUGCACGAUCCCGUUCCUCAGAGGCCAGUGCUGGAGAAGGACAGGUGCUCCCCGCGGAAACUCCAGUCAUGUUUGAGUCCUCAGGCCCAAUCCUCAGGACGCCCGCAGUGUGGACAGACAGCACCGACACCAAAGCACAGCGGGGUCGGGGAGGAGGUAAAUCAAGGCACAAGCGGCUGGGGGUUAACCUGGACCCAAGCGUUAUCUCCAGGACCUAUUUCCCCGCGGGCGCACUCCUACCGAGCUGUUCACCAACGGAGAGUCUCUGGGGAACAAGACUCACGGAGGAAAGCAGCACUAACCGAGAGAAGUACCUUAAGAGUGUUUUGAGGGAACUGGUCACAUACCUCCUUUUCCUCAUGGUCUUGUGCAUCUUGACCUACGGCAUGAUGAGCUCCCAUGUGUACUACUAUACCCGGACGAUGUCGCAGCUCUUCCUAGACAUGCCUGUGUCCAAGACGGAGAAAACUAACUUCAGAACUCUGUCUUCUGUGCAGGACUUCUGGAAGUUCACAGAGGGCCCCUUACUGGAUGGGCUGUACUGGGAGGCGCAGCCCGGCCACCAUAACGAUGCGGACAACCGCAGUUUCAUUUUCUACGAGAACCUGCUGCUCGGGGUCCCACGCAUCCGGCAGCUCAGAGUCAGAAACGGAUCCUGUUCCAUCCCCGUGGACCUGCAAGAUGAGAUUAAAGAGUGCUAUGAUGUCUACUCGGUCAGUAGUGAAGACAGGGCACCGUUUGGGCCACAAAACGGAACCGCUUGGAUCUACACAAGUGAAAAGGACUUAAAUGGGAGCACCCACUGGGGAGUGAUCGCAGCUUACAGUGGAGCUGGCUAUUACCUGGAUCUGUCAAGAACCAGACAGGAAACAGCCACCCAGCUUGCUGGCCUCAGGAAAAAUGUCUGGCUGGACCGAGGAACCAGGGCAGUUUUUAUUGACUUCUCGGUGUACAACGCCAACGUUAACCUCUUCUGCGUGGCCAGGUUGUUGGUUGAACUCCCAGCAACGGGAGGCGUGGUCACCUCUUGGCAGUUUCAGCCUGUAAAGCUGAUCCGCUACAUCACAGCUUUUGAUUUCUUCCUGGCAGCCUGUGAGAUUAUCUUUUGUUUCUUUAUCCUUUACUAUGCGGUGGAAGAAAUAUUGGAAAUUCACAUUCACAAGCUACACUACUUCCGAAGCUUCUGGAAUUGUCUGGAUGUUGUGAUUGUUGUGCUCUCGGGGAUAGCGAUAGGAAUUAACAUCUACCAAACAUCAAGUGUGGAGGGCCUCCUGCACUUUCUAGAAGAUCAAGACACCUUCCCCAACUUUGAGCAUCUGGCAUCCUGGCAAAUACAGUUCAACAGUAUAGCUGCUGUCACAGUGUUUUUGGUCUGGAUUAAGCUCUUCAAAUUCAUCAGCUUUAACAGGACUAUGAGCCAGCUGUCCACCACCAUGUCUCGGUGUGCCAAAGACCUCUUUGGCUUUGCCCUCAUGUUCUUCAUUAUUUUCCUGGCAUAUGCUCAGUUGGCAUACCUUGUCUUUGGCACUCAGGUUGAUGACUUCAGUACUUUCCAAGAAUGUAUCUUCACUCAGUUCCGUAUCAUUUUGGGCGAUGUCAACUUUGCAGAGAUUGAGGAAGCUAACCGAGUUUUGGGACCACUUUAUUUCACUACCUUUGUGUUCUUUAUGUUCUUCAUUCUUUUGAAUAUGUUUUUGGCCAUCAUCAAUGAUACUUACUCGGAAGUGAAAUCUGAUUUGGCCCAGCAGAAAGCUGAAAUGGAACUCUCAGAUCUUAUCAGAAAGGGAUACCAUAAAGCCUUGGUCAAACUAAAGCUGAAGAGAAAUACUGUGGAUGACAUUUCAGAGAGUCUGCGGCAAGGGGGAGGCAAGUUAAACUUUGAUGAACUUCGGCAAGAUCUGAAAGGGAAAGGACACACUGAUGCAGAGAUUGAAGCAAUAUUCACCAAGUAUGACCAAGAUGGAGACCAAGAACUCACCGAACAUGAGCAUCAGCAGAUGAGAGAUGACUUGGAAAAAGAGAGGGAGGACCUGGACUUGGAACACAGUUCUUUACCACGACCCAUGAGCAGCCGAAGUUUCCCAAGGAGCCUGGAUGACUCUGAGGAGGAUGACGAUGAAGACAGUGGGCACAGCUCCAGGAGGAGGGGAAGCAUCUCCAGUGGGGUUUCUUAUGAGGAGUUUCAAGUCCUGGUGAGACGAGUGGAUCGCAUGGAGCAUUCCAUUGGCAGCAUUGUGUCCAAGAUUGAUGCCGUUAUUGUAAAACUGGAGAUCAUGGAGCGGGCCAAACUGAAGAGGCGGGAAGUGCUAGGGAGGCUGCUGGAUGGAGUGGCUGAGGAUGAAAGACUGGGUCGUGACAAUGACAUCCACAGGGAACAGAUGGAGCGGCUAGUGCGGGAAGAGCUGGAGUGCUGGGAAUCUGAUGAUGCAGCUUCCCAGCUCAGUCAUGGUCUAGGCACACCAGCAGGACUCAGUGGUCAGCCUUGUCCUAGAAGUGCUCGCCCUUCCUCCUCCCAGUCUGCAGAUGGCCUGGAAGGUGAAGGUGGAAACAGCAGUUCCAACAUCCACGUGUAACCCUUGUGUCACUAUGUGUCACCCAGCAGAUGAGAAGGUGGCUAUCACCAAUUACCAUAGUGAUUUCACUAUUUAUAUGCUCUAACUACUAUAUGUUGCUGGUCUGUGUGACCAAUUAUUAAUCUUUUGCACUUUAAUUUAUUGUAUAUAAACUUUACCCAUGGAUCAAAGAUUUUUUUCAUUUUGUCAUAGAAUCAAGAUGUAAAUAUUGAAUUCAGGAAAAAGAAAUCAUUGAAAAGCAACUAGAGCAAUAUGCCCAGUUGCUAUUUUGCCUGAGUCUGCUCUUUGGACUAUGACAUAGCCUUUUACAGCUGGAAAAGAACUGUCGAGGGGCUGCUGAGUUGCACUUUCAGCCACAAAACCAGUGUUGUCAUUUCUGUUCAGUAUAUGAAGGGAAAGGAAGGCAUCCUUGCCAUUCAUGAGCUAAAUAUAUAGCUUUCCUGUAAGAAAGGAGGUUUAAUUCAGCUACCUUCCUAGGGUGAACUUUUCUAAAACUCCAAGGCACAGAAUGGGUGUGUAGCCAUUAUACUAACAUCUGUGUAUGAAUGGUUAAUGUAAAUGUUAAGUACUAUGUAAUUUUUGUUAUUUUCUCAUAUCUAAUACCUACAGAACUAGCAAAAUCACUUUUUAUAUUAUUUUAUCUUUCAUUAGAAAUAAGAUGAGUAAAACCAUUGGAGAUCAAUUACAAGAUAAACACUGUCUCUUACUAAAAUAUAAAAGAAGUGAAGGAACCCUAGUUUGCUUCCAACUUUAACAUUUUCAAUAAUUUGCUAGUAUAAAAUUAUAUUACUCAUUUUUCCUUUGCUAGAUGAAAUACUGAACACUUAGAGGAGGAGACAGUUAAUUUGGUGCAGAGUUGUAGAACUGGGUCCAUGGUCUGCCGGCGCAAAGUUGCUCACUUCAUGGUGGCCAGGAAGCACAGCUAGUUGGAAGAGGGCCAGAGAGGAAAGGGGUGGAACCAGAUAUGCUCCCCAAGGUAAUACCCCUGUGACCAACCCAGACACCCAGUAAGUGCUUUACUAAUCUGCUAGGAGCCUCUUAAUCCAGUCAAGUUGAUAAUCAGGUUUAGUAGCGACAAAAAUUUACCUGCAUAUUCUCUUUCCCAUGUGUCUCAGUUCAUCUGCAGCUGUUAAUGUUAUAACUAACCUAGUGGGACCAACUAAGUUUUUUAGUAUGUACUCAAACUUUUAACUCAGUAAAUAUGUUCAUAUUAAGCAAAAUUUUUAGCAAGUUUUAAAAUUCAUAAAGUGGGGUUUUUUUUUUUGUUUUUUGAUACUGGGGAUCGGACUCAG